AUGGCAUUUACGGAAACUUGGCUCAAGGAGACGGAUCCAAACCCUGCAUUGGAGAUCAGCGGUCCUGGUGCGCCUUUACGCACAGACCGGGACAGUGAGGACGCGUAUUGGUCCAAAGCAGGCCUUCCCCUGGCGCAUCUGACCAUAACACGGUCCAUAUUUGGCCUGCAUACACCUCAGUUCUACGAAGAACAGAGAAAAAACAAAAGAGCAGAAGUUGAGGAGAAAGGAGCCUCACACAGAGACAGAGGAGAGUGCGGCACCAAAGGAAUCAAACUACAGACCUUUCUGCUUCUCUCAUCUCUGAGUAAAGUGAUGGCGGCUGUGAGCUCUUCUCUCCGUGAGGAGCAGUUUAUCUGCUCCAUCUGUCUGGAGGUCUUCACUGAUCCAGUCACAACAUCGUGUGGACACAGCUUCUGCAGCAUCUGCAUCAACAAACACUGGGACACCAGUGUCCACUGCAGCUGUCCACUUUGUAAACAGGAGCAGGGAGAGGAGCAGCAGGCCACACUGAAGAAACAGAUCAAAGACAGACGUGUGAAAGUCCAGGAGAUCCACCGCUCAGUGGAGCAGAGUCAGAGAAAGUCAGACGCAGAAAUACAAGAAGGUCUCAGAGUCUUCACCGCUUUGAUGGAGUGUGUUCAACAAAGUGCAGACAGCUUCAAACAGAGCAUUGUAGAAAAACAUCAGAAGGUGGAGGAGGAGGCGUCUCAGCUGAUAGAGCAGAUCCUGGGAGAGAUCUCUGAGCUGGAGCAGAGAGGAGCUGAGAUGGAGCAGCUGUGGACCUCUGGAGACCACCUGUCCUUUGUCCAAAUCUUCACUACAGUCAAACCUGCUCCACAGCUCAGAGACUGGAGCCAGAAGACUGUCAGGACCCCGUCGUACAAGGGGACAGGGGCCCAAGCUGUGUCUGAGCUGAGGAACAAACUGAACACAGAGAUGGAGACGUUCUUUAAAGCAGAGUUAGAGAAAGUUCAAGAGUUUGCAGCUGAGGUGUCUCUAGAUCCAGACACUGCACAUCCAUACUUAGUUCUGUCUAAAGAUCUCAAACAGGUUCAUCACGGGAAAAUGAAGUUCUCAUCAGGAAAGUUUUAUUUUGAGGUGCAGGUCAAAGGAAAGAGAGGAUGGAAUGUAGGAGUGGCCAAAGAGUCAGUGGUCAGAAAAGACGCUGCUGUAGUCACAUGUUUGAAGGUCCCGCCCUCUGUCCGGACACGAACCAGGAAAAGGUUUACAGCCAAUAUAACGGCAGAAGUUGAGGAGAAAGGAGCCUCACACAGAGACAGAGGAGAGUGCGGCACCAAAGGAAUCAAACUACAGACCUUUCUGCUUCUCUCAUCUCUGAGUAAAGUGAUGGCGGCUGUGAGCUCUUCUCUCCGUGAGGAGCAGUUUAUCUGCUCCAUCUGUCUGGAGGUCUUCACUGAUCCAGUCACAACAUCGUGUGGACACAGCUUCUGCAGCAUCUGCAUCAACAAACACUGGGACACCAGUGUCCACUGCAGCUGUCCACUUUGUAAACAGGAGCAGGGAGAGGAGCAGCAGGCCACACUGAAGAAACAGAUCAAAGACAGACGUGUGAAAGUCCAGGAGAUCCACCGCUCAGUGGAGCAGAGUCAGAGAAAGUCAGACGCAGAAAUACAAGAAGGUCUCAGAGUCUUCACCGCUUUGAUGGAGUGUGUUCAACAAAGUGCAGACAGCUUCAAACAGAGCAUUGUAGAAAAACAUCAGAAGGUGGAGGAGGAGGCGUCUCAGCUGAUAGAGCAGAUCCUGGGAGAGAUCUCUGAGCUGGAGCAGAGAGGAGCUGAGAUGGAGCAGCUGUGGACCUCUGGAGACCACCUGUCCUUUGUCCAAAUCUUCACUACAGUCAAACCUGCUCCACAGCUCAGAGACUGGAGCCAGAAGACUGUCAGGACCCCGUCGUACAAGGGGACAGGGGCCCAAGCUGUGUCUGAGCUGAGGAACAAACUGAACACAGAGAUGGAGACGUUCUUUAAAGCAGAGUUAGAGAAAGUUCAAGAGUUUGCAGCUGAGGUGUCUCUAGAUCCAGACACUGCACAUCCAUACUUAGUUCUGUCUAAAGAUCUCAAACAGGUUCAUCACGGGAAAAUGAAGUUCUCAUCAGGAAAGUUUUAUUUUGAGGUGCAGGUCAAAGGAAAGAGAGGAUGGAAUGUAGGAGUGGCCAAAGAGUCAGUGGUCAGAAAAGUGAUGGCGGCUGUGAGCUCUUCUCUCUGUGAGGAGCAGUUUCUCUGCUCCAUCUGUCUGGAGGUCUUUACUGAUCCAGUCACAACACCGUGUGGACACAGCUUCUGCAGCAUCUGCAUCAACAAACACUGGGACACCAGCGUCCUCUGCAGCUGUCCAGUCUGCAAACAGGACUUCAGCCCAAGACCACAGCUGAAAGUUAAUACUUUUAUGUUAGAGAUGAUCUCUCUGCUCAGAAAUAAGCCUCAAGAUGAAGACACGCUGUUAGAGGCUCAAUCCACUGCUCCAGGAGAGGUCUGUGACCUGUCCACUGCUCCAGGAGAGGUCUGUGACCUGUCCACUGCUCCAGGAGAGGUCUGUGACCUGUACACUGCUCCAGGAGAGGUCUGUGACCUGUCCACUGCUCCAGGAGAGGUCUGUGACCUGUCCACUGCUCCAGGAGAGGUGGACUGUGACGUCUGUCCAGAGCCCAGGCUCAGAGCCCUGAAGUCCUGCCUGCUGUGUCUGAUGUCGUACUGUGAGAGCCACCUGCUGCCACACCUCACAAACCCCCGUCUGAAGAGGCACCAGCUGAUCCACCCUUUGCCCAACCUGGAGGAGCACAUCUGCCCUAAGCACCAGCGGCCCCUGGAGCUCUUCUGUAGGGACCACUCACACUUCAUGUGCGUGCAGUGCAGUUAUACAGAGGAUACAAAGCAUCAUACUGUCUUAUUGAAAAAGCAGGGAGAGGAGCAGCAGGCCACACUGAAGAAACAGAUCAAAGACAGACGUGUGAAAGUCCAGGAGAUCCAGCGCUCAGUGGAGCAGAGUCAGAGAAAGUCAGACGCAGAAAUACAAGAAGGUCUCAGAGUCUUCACCGCUUUGAUGGAGUGUGUUCAACAAAGUGCAGACAGCUUCAAACAGAGCAUUGUAGAAAAGCAUCAGAAGGUGGAGGAGGAGGCGUCUCAGCUGAUAGAGCAGAUCCAGACAGAGAUCUCUGAGCUGGAGCAGAGAGGAGCUGAGAUGGAGCAGCUGUGGACCUCUGGAGACCACCUGUCCUUUGUCCAAACCUUCACUACAGUCAAACCUGCUCCACAGCUCAGAGACUGGAGCCAGAAGACUGUCAGGACCCCGUCGUACAAGGGGACAGGGGCCCAAGCUGUGUCUGAGCUGAGGAACAAACUGAACACAGAGAUGGAGACGUUCUUUAAAGCAGAGUUAGAGAAAGUUCAAGAGUUUGCAGCUGAGGUGUCUCUAGAUCCAGACAAUGCACAUCCAAACUUAGGGAAACAGAAGUUCUCAUCAGGAAAGUUUUAUUUUGAGGUUCAGGUCAAAGGAAAGACAGACUGGGAAGUAGGAGUGGCCAAAGAGUCAGUGGAUCGAAAAGAUCAAGACUCUCAAACUUCAUGUCCAGAGAAGUUGGGAGUGUUUGUGGAUUAUGAUGAAGGUCUGGUCUCCUUCUAUGACGUGGAUAAAAAGUCUCUUCUUUGGUCUUUCACUGACUGUGGCUUCACUGACAACAUUCUGCCGAUGUUUAAUCCAUGCAACAAUGAAGAAGAGCCCAGGCUCAGAGCCCUGAAGUCCUGCCUGCUGUGUCUGACGUCGUACUGUGAGAGCCACCUGCAGCCACACCUCACAAACCCCCGUCUGAAGAGGCACCAGCUGAUCCACCCUCUGCCCAACCUGCAGGAGCACAUCUGCCCUGAGCACCAGCGGCCCCUGGAGCUCUUCUGUAGGGACCACUCACACUUCAUGUGCGUGCAGUGCAGUUAUACAGAGGAUACAAAGCAUCAUACUGUCUUAUUGAAGGAGCAGGGAGAGGAGCAGCAGGCCACACUGAAGAAACAGAUCAAAGACAGACGUGUGAAAGUCCAGAAGAUCCAGCGCUCAGUGGAGCAGAGUCAGAGAAAGGCAGACGCAGAAAUACAAGAAGGUCUCAGAGUCUUCACCGCUUUGAUGGAGUGUGUUCAACAAAGUGCAGACAGCUUCAAACAGAGCAUUGUAGAAAAACAUCAGAAGGUGGAGGAGGAGGCGUCUCAGCUGAUAGAGCAGAUCCAGACAGAGAUCUCUGAGCUGGAGCAGAGAGGAGCUGAGAUGGAGCAGCUGUGGACCUCUGGAGACCACCUGUCCUUUGUCCAAACCUUCACUACAGUCAAACCUGCUCCACAGCUCAGAGACUGGAGCCAGAAGACUGUCAGGACCCCGUCAUAUAAGGGGACAGGGGCCCAAGCUGUGUCUGAGCUGAGGAACAAACUGAACACAGAGAUGGAGACGUUCUUUAAAGCAGAGUUAGAGAAAGUUCAAGAGUUUGCAGCUGAGACGUUUGCCACUGACAAUCCAGUACCCUGCUGCUCUUAUGGCCCCCUCCGUCAAGUGACGGCCUUGAUGUUUCACCUGGAUGUGGUGGUGGCGUGUCAGCAGUAA